GGGCUGGCCCUGGAAUCUGCACUGAGCUGGAGCCAGGGGAUGUCCUGGGUAUGCAGGCACUGCGCCUGGGGCUCUGCAACAUGCCUGCUGAGCUUGGGAGCAGGGACAUCACUGGCUAUGCCAGUUAGAGUGAGGUGGGAGCUCAGCAAUGUGACCAGGGACGCUGGUGAUGGCAAAGCUGUGGGUGCAGCUGUGGCAUGAUGAUGGGACCAGGGACACUGGAAACGACGAGACUGUGGGCACGGCUGUGGGACGGGCAUCUCCAGGGACACUUGUCAUGAGAAGGCUACAUGCAUGGCUGUGGCAUGGGGACGUGACCAAGGACAUCGCCUCCGGUGAGCCUGGGGACCGGAGACACCACUGGGACAUCAGUGAAGAGCUGCGCUGGCGCAGUGCUGGUGCGGAUCCCCACAACCCGACAUGGAGACACGGGCAGAGAAGGGCGAGGAGGGCGACGGCGCGCGCAUCACGGCUCAGCUGCUGAAGGCCAGCACCGGGGAGUUUGCUCUGGAGUCCAUCCUGCUGCUGAAGCUGCGCGGCCGCGGCAUCGCCGACCUGGGCUGCCUGGGCGACUGCACCAACCUGGAGUGGCUCGACCUCUCUGGCAACGCCAUCUCGCAGCUGGGCCCCCUGGCCGGCCUCAAAGCCUUGGCCGUCCUCAACCUCUCGCGCAACCGCAUCUCCAGCCUGGAGCCGCUGGGCUCCUGCGAGAGCCUGCAGAGCCUCAACCUGGCGGGCAACCAGGUGAGCAGCCUGCAGCAGCUGCGCUGCCUGGCCGGCUUGCGGCGCUUGGAGAGCCUUCGGCUGCGCGACGCGCUGGGCCAGCUCAGCAACCCCGUCUGCGCCACCGCCGCCUACCGCACCGCGCUGCCCGAGCUGCUGCCCGGCCUGCGGGACGUCGACGGCGAGCGCGUGUCGGGGCGAGGCAGCGAGCUCUUCCAGCUGUGCCGCGACCUCGACAGCUCCCUGGGACGCGGCCCCGGCCCCGCGCCGCCGCGCGCCGCUCAACCCUGGGUGCGGGCGGGCUUCUGGGAGCCGCCGCCGCUGCGCCGCAGCUCCAUCGUGGAGGAGGCGUACCGGCAGUUCGGCGAGGCGCUGCGGGAGUGCCGCGAGUUGGGCAGGAGAGCCGAUGACACCAUCGCGCAGGCUGAGCGGGCGCUGAGCGGGCGCGCCGACCCCGGAUCCUACGUCUUCUGAGCGGCCCGAAGCCAUCGAGGCGGCCGUUCCGCUCCGUUCCCGUUCUGCGGGCUCCCGGCUCGGGGGCUCCACGGGGACCUGGGAUGUGGGGAACGGACUCCUGCCUUGGCGCCAACGCUGGCGGGUUUUGGAACUGACCCCAGGCAACCGUCCUGCAAAGAGGGAUGCGGACCUGGGGGCUGCGCGUGGGGACUGAGGGGAGUCACGGGGUCCUGCUGCCGGGGAGCAG